GUUGUGUAAUAAUAAUCAUUUCUAAUUACAAUUAGACUAAAUUUGCCCUCAAUCAUGUGUUCAUCUAAUUUUCAGCUGUAAAUUAUUCAACAACAAUUUCAAUUAAUCAGCAAUCAUCCUAAUUGUUAAUUAGUAAAAGGGUAUUUUCUGUUAACUCAUUGUUACCCUAAUUUAGAUUUAAACAAUUAAUUGACCAAUCAAUUUAAAAAUUGAUUACAAUUGAUUUUCAUCAAUUAAUCGUCAAUGUUACGUUGAUCAUUUUCAUUAACCAAAAUUGAUUUAAAAAUACAAUUUAGAUAAAUAAAUUGUUAAUUAUUUGUUAACAGUUUUUGUGAUUGAAUUGAAAAUAAUAAUUAAUCUUUAAACUAAUCAACAUAUCAUUUCAACAGUAGACAAAAUUAACUAGAUUAAUUAGUCUAACAAUUGUGAUUUAAGCAAGAAAUUAAUUAUCAUCACUUGAUAAUCAACACAUCAAUUGUUUACCAUCAACAACAAACAACAACAAUUAACCAUCAAGUGUUGAUUAGACUAAUUAUCACUUGAUUACUAAUUAUUAUUGGUUCAUUGUCUUAACCAUAAAUUUCUGUUGAUUAAGAAAAUAUAAUUUCCUUUAAUUGUCUUCAAUCAAAAUCUCUUAACAAGACUAGAAAAAUGUCACCAACAAGUUUACUAACAAUUAACUUGAUCGUUAUUCUGUUCACAGUUACACAAUUAACUAAUUCAUCUCUAAAUGGAGAAGAUUGUAAUUGUAAAGUUAAUUUGCUCGAAGACAAUUUAAAGAUAAUCAAUGGAACCCAAUAUUAUAAUAACAAAUACCCUUGGUUGGUGUCACUUCAAAUUCAACGUGCUGACGGAAGAAAUGUUCAUACCUGUGGAGGAUCAUUAAUCAAUGACCAAUGGAUAGUUACAGCGGCUCAUUGUGCUCCGACCAAUAUAAUACGAUUAACGGUAACAAUUGGUGCUCAUAAUUUGACCAGUUCAGGAAAACAGUACAAAGUGUCCCAAUUUAUCCGACAUCCAAGUUAUCAGACAUCACCGAUUGUCCGAAAUGACAUUGCCCUUGUCCAGUUAUCGGAACCAAUUUCACAAUUUACCAGGGAAAUCAAGCCAGUCUGUUUAUCCUCUCGUAAUAUUUACUUUACGGCAAACGAUUUAUACGUGGCCGGUUGGGGUGUUACCGAUGAAACUGACCACAAGGCAACGGAAAUCCCAUUAGAAGUUCGUAUGGACCAUGUUAAUCAUUUUCGUUGUUCCCUCUCAUGGAUUGGCCUUUUAACCUUUUCCGCUCACAUUUGUGCUCAAGCGACAUCAUCGUCUCCCUGUUUCGGUGAUUCCGGUGGACCGUUAAUGGUUGACAAUGGUUCAGGUACCAUGUAUCUCGUUGGUGUUGUUUCAUUUGGUAAUUCGUGUGGUGAUUCAGUUCCGACAGUUUUCACUCGAGUUACCUCUUACCUUGACUGGAUUAACGAGACAACUACUACUUCAGGUUAUUGUCGUAUCGAUGGUCAAGAUGUCAACUCAUUACCACGAAAGGACAACAUAAAGAUUACAAAUUUAAAUCAAAUCAACUAAUCAGAUUAAUGAAAAUCAAUCAAAAUCCAAGUACAAGUUUAAUAAUAAACUGCGAAAAUUUUAAUA